ACAUGACGUACUAGUGUAAACAACAAAAUGAUAAGUUUAUUUUACACGUUUAAUAUAACAAAUAUUCUUUUUUUACUUUUACAAUUUUACUAUGUUAAAUGUAACCCAAAAGGACCAGAAGAGGAAUGGGUUUUAUUAACAAAACCUCAGAAAGAUCGAACAAAUACAGUACACAGUCCACCUUUGCCCAGGACAUUUGCUCCUGUUUACGAUGAAAUUAGCAAUGUGAAAUUUGAUAAUCUGUUUCCAUCAGACCCUUUGCUUUAUGACCAUGCCACAGAAUUUACUACCAAACCUGGUCACCGGUCUAUUUUUAAUACAUUCUCUUCGGAUACUACAUUAAAAGGAGAUCAAAUCAAAUAUGCUGAUGUAAUACAAUGCUUGUGGUGUUUUACGGACAGAGGUUUUAUGUCAGAUGAAAGUUGUUAUAGCGGUAAAACACCAGCAAAAUUAAGAUGUUCGUCAAAUGAAAUAUGCUACACAGAGCUACAUCCACAGUAUAUAAGACGAGGGUGUUUUAAACCGAAUAAAAUGAAUAAAACGUUCGUAUGCAACUGCCCGCUUUGUAAUGAUAAAACUGUGUACCAAUCAGUGUAUUAUGAAUAUAAAAGAAUAUCUGAUUGGGACUACCAUAACAAGAGAAUUCAAAUACCAAUAGCGGGAAUCCAAUUGACAUGUAAAACUUGUGAAACAAGAGGCCGUAAUGCCCUUAUUGAUGAUAAAUGCAGGUUUGGCACUAUAGAUGAUUACGUGGUUUGUGGACGCAAUCAGGUGUGCUAUGUCAACCAUGACGAAGAAACUGACUUUGUUACAAGAGGAUGUACAAACACACCAGCUUAUAAUUCCAUGUUUUACUUGUGUAACAAUUCACUGUGUAACUCUAAACCAUUUAACAUCCCUAAAAUACGUUCAGAAAAAUUAUUGCUGAAUGAAAUGUCCCAUAACCGUUCCCAUAGUAAGAGUACGGGUGUCGCAAUAAACCUUACGGUAUUUAAGAUUUUAAUAAUCCUGAAAGCAGUAUUUACUAUCGUGAAACUUUACUUGUCAUUGGCUUAGAAUUAUAUUUCUGAAAAUGACAUUUUUUGAUAUUACGUCUACUGUCACAAUGUAACAAUUUUCUAAAACAAUGAGAAGAAUUGUGAUAAAUUUGCUUUUUAUAAUCAAUAUCGCAAAAUGCAUUGAAAAGCAGACGCCGAAAGUUAAAAACCUAUUGCCUAAUUUUCGCCGACAAGUUGAAGAAAUCCCUGAAGAAUUUACAACAGAGAAAAGCGAGGAUGACGCAAAUGUAAAUUUAGUUGCUUUCCUUGUUAAAAAUGCUAAAGAAAUAUUUGGUGAGACUGAAGAAAACACUGACGUUGUAACUAGAGCUUCAAGAACUGAAAGCACGACAUUUCAACAAGAAACAACAUCGCUCAAAGAUAGACGAACACUACCAGCAGAUCGAACAUUUUCUGACGAGAAUACAUUUCUCGAAGAGAGACCAACACUCGAAGAAAGAACAAUAGUAAAAGACAAAAUAAUCGAAGAAAAAUCUUGCCCUAAAGAGAGCCUCUAUCCCAUAGCAAAUGCAUUUACUGAAGAGGUGUCAUCUACAGAUGAAGAAACAUUUAAUAAAGAAGAAACGUUACCUGAAGUGACGUCAUCUCUACCGUUUUCCCAAAAAACGUUAUUCGCCGCAAAACCAUCUGAAAAUCUGUUAAGAAAUAUAACUAACACGAUAACUGAUUACACUACUGUGUGGUCACCAUCUCGUACAAACCUAUUUGGUACUGUUUCAUCCACGACUACAACGAACAUCCCUAUGUCUGUCUCUAGUCCUUCUACAUUCGAUUUGGAAAAUACAACAACGCCGUCGUACAAAUUACCCACAAGAACCACUGGUAUUCAGUACACAAUAAAUGUUGAAUCAAUCAAAAGUGACUUAUUAAACAUAACCAAUGUACAAUUUAUAGAGAAAGGUAAAAAAGAACCAAUUACGCUUACGAGAAAACAUGACCACAUGCUCGAUGAUGUUUCCGUUUAUAACGUGCCAGUUUCUGCAAAAGAAAUGGGAUCCUUAAAACGAUCUUGCAUAGUAUGUAAUAAUAUUCAAAUGCACGAAUGCAAUGAACCUAAAAAUAAAAUGCUUCCAAACAUGCGUUGUGAAAAUGAAGACGAUUUAUGUUAUACACAACAAACUCCUUUUGGCUUAGUAGAUCGAGGAUGUUUCAACGUUUAUCAAAAUGUAUCAACAUACGUGUGUUCCUGCAACCUUUGCAAUUACAUUCCAAUUUCAGAUAUGCCUUACAAAUUUUCUAAGAGGAAGGAUUGGCUUGAUAAUAUCGUAGAUUUAUCAAGAACAAGGAAUUUUCGCUCGUCUAUUUUUAAAAAUAUGUCGUGCUUAAGUUGUGAAGUUAAUUCUACGUCAUCUUCUGUAUCUUUGGAACAAGCUAACUGUUUAGAAGGUAAUAUUAGCAUAUUAUCCAAAGUACAAUGUGCUGAUGAUGAAAUCUGUGGCGUAAAGGCUCUCAAGAACAAAGGUUACGUGUGGCGUGGUUGUCUUAAGAGCCCUCUUUACAACUACUGGUGGUCAUUAUGUGAUAGUGAUUUAUGUAACACUGAUAAUAUUCUGUCUUUAUACGAUGAGAUUAAAUAGUCUAAUUUUGAAUGAAA